UUGAGUCAUUACACCGGCGUAUGCCGCGCGCGACGCUCGCCUUUCGUGUUGCGUCAGUCGACCUUGAAAAUGUUAUUCUAUGUAAUAGUGUGUAUUUUCGCAUUUGCUCAUGCUCAAGAGCAAGAUAGUCCAUCGGUGAACACAACUCAAGGAUGGAUACAGGGCUCGUUGGCAACUGAUGGCAACUACCACGUCUUUUAUGGAAUACAUUACGCUGGUUUCGUAUCAGGAGGAAACAGGUUUAAGGCGCCGCCUCCUCCGCCCACAUAUCCCGGGGUCUUCCACGCAAUCAACAGCGGUGUGAUAUGCGCUCAUCCCACAUCGCGAGGCAUCGUCGGCGUCGAGGACUGCCUGACUCUCAGUAUCCACACUGCUAACCUAACUGCCUCUCAGCCGGUGCUGGUGUGGCUGCAAGGCGAAGAGUAUACUACUACUGACACUACGCUACGUUCCUUCAAGAACUUUGUAGACAGAAAUGUUGUGGUGGUAAACGUAAACUAUCGUCUAUCGAUCUUUGGAUUCUUAUGUCUUGGAGUACCAGAAGCACCGGGAAACGCCGGUCUUAAAGAUGUUGUUCAAGCGUUGAAAUGGAUAAAAGCAAACAUUGCAGGAUUUGGUGGAGAUCCUAAUAAUAUCGCUCUCUUUGGUCAUGGAUCGGGCGCAGCGAUGGUUGAUAUCCUUACUCUAUCACCUUCUGCAGAAACACUACUACAUAAAGCGAUCACUCAAAGUGGAUCUGCAUUGUCCCCCGGUGCUAUCGCGUAUAAACCUAUUGAAUAUGCUGAAGCAUUUGGUGCUAAAUUUGGGUACACAGGAAAAUCAAGAGAAGAAUUAGCAAGACUACUGACAACAACAGAUAUAACAUUAUUAGCCACAGCUCUCACUGAGUUUGAAUUCUUCAACAACACAGCUUUGUUCGCUCCCUGUAUCGAGAAUAAUGUCGAUAGUAACAACACAAUAAUAUCUGAUGCGCCAAUUGACAUAAUCCGUUCUGGUAACUACAGUCAUAUACCUUUUCUGGCUGGAUACACAAACAAAGAAGGAACGUUAAGAGCUCAAGAAGCAGCUUACAGUCAAUGGUUGGAUAAGAUGCAGGCAAAUUUCGAUGACUUUAUCCAAGUAGAUUUAGAUAUUGCGACAAAUUCAAACAAGACUGCUAUUGUUAAAUCAAUACGGGAGUACUAUUUUGCACAGCGUAUAAUUAAUAUGGAAACUAUUGAAGAUUAUUUAGAUUACCAUGGUGAUACAAUGAUCCUAGUGUCAACUAUUAGAGGCGUGAGGGAGAGAGCACUAACAUCCAGAGCUGAAGUAUACCUUUACGAGUUUGCGUAUAGGGGAACAUUAAAUUCCGAUUGGGCUUUACCGCAGAUACCACUGACUGGUGUGAGGCACGGAGGAGUUUUAAACUAUCUGUUGAAUUACGAUUUAACACCGAGAGAUGCACAUGUUAUGGAAGCGAUUAUGAGACGUUACAUAUUAUUCCUUAAUAAUGGGAGUCCCGCUUCCCCGGAGAUAGUACUAUGGGAACCUGUAACAAGUUCUCGCUUGACAUAUUUAUUACUUAGUGGCGGUGAGGUAUCAACAAACGUGACAAUCACCAAUGAACAUCAGGGAUUCGAUCCUCAUCAGCAAAGAAUGACAUUCUGGAAUGAUAAUUAUGCCAGGUUAUAUAAAGCGCCAUCUCAAGUCUCUUCGGCGACAAAACUCAUGAGUUUAGUAUUCACGGUUGGUCUAUUACAAUGGCUGUUAACUGUAUUUUAAAAAGAGACUAUAUUAGCCGUGCGUAGGUUUCCCGAUGAGUCUGCCACAACCUCUGAUCACGUCCCAUGCUCGUCUGCUGGGUAGCGUCAGUGACACGUGACGUCAUAAGUCCAUCGGCAAAGCUGUGCAUGAGUACUUAUUUGAUAUUUUACUUUGUUGAUCAGUAAUUAUUGAUUAGUUUUAGUUAUCAAUGUUUGUUGAUUUAAGUAUUAUUAUUAUUUAGAUUAUAAAAAUUCCGAUUUAGUAUUAGUAUAGUGUGAUUUUGAUUUAUUAUUAAGCCUGAUAAUUUUAAUAGUUUGAAAAAUCGUACUAUAUAUAUGUAUAUAGUACGAUUAUUCAAACUACUAUACUAUAUGUUGGGUUACCAGAGCAAAAAUCUGGUACAUUCAAGUCUGAAAAAUUUAAUUUUAACUGCAACUUGUUGUCUCUGUUUUUUGACCGACUUCCCAAAAGAAGGAGGUACUCAAUUCGUUUGUAUGUUUUUUUACAAAAGAGAAUGGCAAAGAUGACAAUAUAUUAUGUGCUUCUACUAUCGAAAGUCACUCUUGUAAGCCUGGAAAAAAUUUCGUUAUAAUUCGCUUUAAAUUGUAUGAACGAAUGAUGAGUGUAACUAAAUACGUAGCGCAGCCGCCCAUUUUUGAAUAAAUAAAUGUUUUAUAAUA